GAGGGAAGGAAGAAGGGGUGCAGUGUCGCGGGGCUAACGAUUGGUGCUUUGGGUGCAGACGGCUGGUGGCCGAGCGAGCGAGUGGCGGGGUGCGAGGAGGGGGCCGCCAACUUCCCAGGAGAAGGGGGUCUUUCUCCGCCAGGGCUGGCUCCGGAGCUGGCACAGCCGCCGCCGAGGGCUCCCACUCCGGGCAUCCGCCGGCUCUGCGCCCGGCGCUCGCAAAGUUGGGUCGGACCUGAACCCCUAAAAGCGGGACCGCCCCCCGCCCGCACGCCCGCCCGGAGCUGAGUCGCCUGCGGUGGCGGCGGCUGACAGAUCGGAGUUUCCUCUCGCCCUGGAUGGAGCUGAACUUUGGGCGAGCCGAGGAGCGCAGCCGUCCGGGGCCCGCUGCAUGCUGAGCUCCCCCAGCGAGACCCAGCGGCGGCUCGGGGUUUCUGGGGGGUGGGCGGGACCCGCUGCGCGCCGGCACCAUGUUCCUGGCGAGCCUGUACUUCGCGCUCCCGCUCCUGGAUUUGCUCCUGUCGGCGGAGGUGAGCGGCGGGGACCGCCUGGACUGCGUGAAAGCCAGCGACCAGUGCCUGAAGGAGCAGAGCUGCAGCACCAAGUACCGCACGCUGAGGCAGUGCGUGGCGGGCAAGGAGACCAACUUCAGCCUGGCAUCCGGCCUCGAAGCCAAGGAUGAGUGCCGCAGCGCCAUGGAGGCCCUGAAGCAGAAGUCGCUCUACAACUGUCGGUGCAAGCGAGGCAUGAAGAAGGAGAAGAACUGCCUGCGCAUCUACUGGAGCAUGUACCAGAGCCUGCAGGGGAAUGAUUUGCUUGAAGAUUCCCCGUAUGAGCCAGUUAACAGCAGAUUGUCCGAUAUAUUCCGGGUGGUCCCAUUCAUAUCAGAUGUUUUCCAACAAGUGGAGCAUAUUCCCAAAGGGAACAACUGCCUGGAUGCAGCCAAGGCCUGCAACCUGGAUGACACCUGCAAGAAGUACCGGUCUGCAUACAUCACCCCCUGCACCUCCAGCAUGUCCAACGAAAUCUGCAACCGCCGCAAGUGCCACAAGGCCCUGCGGCAGUUCUUCGACAAGGUCCCGGCUAAGCACAGCUACGGAAUGCUCUUCUGCUCCUGCCGGGACAUAGCCUGCACGGAGCGGCGACGCCAGACCAUCGUGCCCGUGUGCUCCUACGAGGAGCGGGAGAAGCCCAACUGCUUGAAUUUGCAGGAAUCCUGCAAGACAAAUUACAUCUGCAGAUCUCGCCUAGCAGAUUUUUUUACCAACUGUCAGCCGGAGUCAAGGUCUGUCAGCAGCUGUCUAAAGGAGAACUAUGCAGACUGCCUCCUCGCCUACUCGGGGCUGAUUGGCACCGUGAUGACCCCCAACUACAUAGACUCCAGCAGCCUCAGCGUGGCUCCGUGGUGUGACUGUAGCAACAGCGGGAACGAGCUGGAAGAAUGCUUGAAAUUCCUGAAUUUCUUCAAGGACAAUACAUGUCUCAAAAAUGCAAUUCAAGCCUUUGGCAAUGGCUCUGAUGUGACAGUGUGGCGGCCAGCCUUCCCGGUACAGACCACCACCGCCACCACCACCACAGCCUUCCGGGGGAAGAACAAGCCCCAGGCACCUGCAGGGUCUGAGAAUGAAAUCCCCACACAUGUGUUACCACCUUGUGCAAAUUUGCAGGCACAGAAGCUGAAAUCCAAUGUGUCCGGCAGUACACACCUCUGUCUUUCUGAUCGCGAUUAUGAAAAGGAUGGUCUCGCUGGUGCUUCCAGCCACAUAACCACAAAAUCGAUGGCUGCUCCUUCAAGCUGUGGUCUGAACCCACUGCUGGUUCUGGUGGUAACCGCUCUGUCCACCCUAUUAUCUUUAUCUCUGGCAGAAACAUCAUAGCUGCACUCGAAACACAGUAUGGACAUGUAAAAAAACCAACAAAGACCAAGUAAUCUGUUUCCUGUUCCUCUUGUAUAUCUGAAAAUCCAGUUUUAGGAGCUCAGUUGAGAAACAGUUUCAUCUAACUGGAACUUCGUUUUGUUUUGUUUUUAAAGACAGCUUCUUGUGAUCUUUGGGGCUUCUGUGGAAAAGCUGAUGUAAGGCUACAUUCCAGACUCAAAAAGGCUGUGGGGCAUGCUGUAUUUUUAAGGAAGUAAUUUGUAAAUCAGAGUGUAAAGCCAACUGGGGCCAUGUUUUUUAAUAAUGAUGAUGAUGGUGAUGAUGAUUUUAAUAGUUUUAACUCGGGCCUUUAUUAGUUAAAGAAUUAGUAUUUCUAAAGAUUCUCCCAUAACUUGUAUAAUGGGCUUUGAUUUCUGAUUAUGUAAACUGUAACCUAAUGUGAAUUACAGUAAGCUUUGUGUUUUCCACAAAGUGAAGAAGGUUCUCAUGGACUUGGUGGAAAUAGCUUGUACUAAUGUUCACCUUUCUAUGUGUAUUUUCCACGUUAAUGUUUAUGUACUAUAAACAGCUCUGCGUGCCCUCCUACUAAACAGAACAAAAGCACCACCGGUCAUACCCAAAUGUAGUAUCCAUUUUAGUCAAGUAGAGACUCGAUCGUAGGUUGACACUUAUUCCUGAGUCUUACCUGAGUGAGAAGCCCUUCUCUAACCUACAGGAGUUGAGCGUAGCUGAAGUGUCCCUGAAAUGCUCUUUACACACUUAUGAGGUUAUAUGUAGGAAAAAAAAAUUUACUACUCAAUUUCAACUACUGGCUUUCUAUACUUUGAAAGUAAUGAUAAUGUCUUCAUUUUUCUUACUGGUUUAAUACAAACUAUGUAGCGCUUGUUUUCCUCUUAUAAGUAGCACUGGCUCCGACAUGAACUUCACAAAUACAGCUCCUCACACAUAACCCCCGGGAGCCUCUGUGUGCUGGCGGAAAGCUCUACAUGGCUCUGUGUGGACAGGCAGGGAGGAAACAGAACAACCAGGCAUUGUCUUUUAUCAUGUCUUGAAAUGCACGUGUGCGUACAUGUGGAACUGGCAGCCGCUUGUGAAGGCUCUGCAGUCUAAAGGCCCCCUGGCCAGUUGACAACUCAGUACCUUAGUCCCUGUGUUACCUGACAAAGGCCGCUUGGGUUGAAGCAGGGGGCAGGGGAUGGGGGUGGGGUGGGGAUGUGCUGCCUUGUCUUUCAAAGUUGAUCCCUGCUCCCCAUACACGGUUGUUUUCCUAAGGGGUGCCUUGACUCGGAACCGCAGUCUUGUAGCCACUCUUCAGAGCAGCUUGGUCUGAAGGUCAAUAGGAAUCUGCCUCUUCUUGUCCUGGGCCUUCCAUGACAGACCAGCUGCCUGCUGAAGGCAACAAAGGUUUAUGGAUGGAGAAAGUUGGUAUGAGGUCUAGGGAGGCAAGUUGAUUGACCCAGAUACACAGGAUGGGAUAUU